AUGGAGAAGAUCAAAGUAUUGUUGGUCGGCGCAGCGGGUGAAACCGGAGGAUCCAUCGCCAACGGUCUACUCGAGGAUGGUCACUUUGAAGUCAUCGCUCUUGUCCGCCCAACCUCUCUCCAGAAACCCGCCAUCGUCAAGUUGCUGGAGCGCGGAAUCCACAUCCGGAAAUGUGAUCUCAAGGCUUCGGAGGAGCACCUCAUCGAAGCGCUGGCCGAGAUCGAUGUAGUCAUUAGCUGCGUCGGGCCUGCUGAGCAGCAGGAUCAAAUUCCGCUCGCCAAAGCUGCAAAGAAGACCGGAGUCAAGCGAUUCAUUCCCUGUGGCUUCAUCACCGUGGCACCCCCUGGUGGAGUGAUGUGGCUUCGUGACGAGGUAGGAUCGGCCUGCUUUCCCUGGUGGUUGAGUGGUGUGAUGUGGUUUUCAGAUUUUGUCGAGGAGGCGUUUCAUGGAGAGCAGCUGUCGCUAACAACGUAUUUCCGCGUAUUACAGAAAGAGAUUGUUUACAACCAGAUCCGCCAGAUGUGGCUCCCAUACACCAUCGUCGAUGUCGGCUGGUGGUACCAGCUCUGCUACCCACGCCUGAACUCUGGCCGAGUCGAUUAUGCCAUGACCUCUGGCAACGACGAGAUUAUCGGCGAUGGAAAUGUCCCCACGGCGCUGACGGACUUGCGGGAUAUUGGUCGCUACAUGGCCAUGAUCAUCCGGGACCCACGGACCCUUAACAAGAAGGUGCUCGCCUACAACCUGGUCUCAACACAAAACCAGAUCUACAACCUGAUGGAGGAAAUUAGCGAGGAGAAGGUGGAUCGCAACUAUGUCCCCGAAGAGACUAUCUGCAGCCGAGUCCUCGCGGCCCGACAAGCCAGUGAAACCUACCCGUUCGACCCGAUCAAGUUCAUCCCCCGUUAUCUUGCCGAAUACCAAUACUCGUGGGGCAUCCGUGGCGACAACAACCCAGAGUACGCCAAGUAUCUCGGUUACCACCUGACCACCGAACUUUAUCCCGAGUUCAAGCCGACCGACUUCCGCGAAUACCUCGAGUCCGUUGUACGUGGCACCGCCAAGGGUGUCUACCAAGAUCGUGUCAUUUCCCGCAAGCACCAGCGACACUUCCCGCGCACCGAGUCUAGCGAUUCGCUUUACACUCGCAUUUUCCCACGUACUGAGUCUAGCGACUCGCUCAUGUCGAGAUGA